AUUGUAUUACGUUCCAAAAACGGAUAGAACGCUGACAUCAAAGGGUUGUGCGCACUUUUGUGGCGAAAUUUUACCCUUUUUCUUUUCAUAAUUUCACCUUUUCUCUCUUUUAACUAUUGUGCAAUCCAUUGUCUCCUAAAGUGUUUUAUUACUCAUGCUUAUAAAACGCAGAACCAAGAUAUCUGACCCGCGCAAGAAACAUUCAACACUUCAUGACAAUGAGCUCAAGAGGAGAUCCAGAUCAGCAUUGGGCCCUGACACCAUUAUGGAACAACCAGAAGAUAUUAUGGCUGACUGUAUUAUAUUCCGUCAAGACCACCCACCCUUUUGGAAACGUAAACGGUUCCAUUUCAUUAUCGGGCUGACUGUAGGUCUUUUGGCCACUUAUGGCGCCUCAACAACUCCGACCGCACAAAUUCAUCUGAACGAUCUGCAAGCCUAUCUCGCACUGCAACUUGCCGACCUCGAUAUCGCAAGCAUCAUUCCUGCUACCGAUAUAGUUGAUGAGCUGUUCGGUAAUGUGACCAAUUUCUUUACACCGGCACCAUCCACGGACACACCUUUCAUGCCCGCUUUAGCAGCCAAGGAGGAAUUGGGUCUGAAGCCGCAUUUUCCAGUGGUGCUUUUGCCAGGCAUUGUGACAUCCGGAUUGGAAAGUUGGGGGACAUCGGAAAAGUCGAGAAAGUAUUUUCGAAAACGCAUGUGGGGAACGACAACAAUGUUUCGGUCUGUCUUGUUGGACAAAGAAAGUUGGACCCAGCAUAUGCGACUCGAUCCUGUCACAGGUUUGGACCCACCUGGCAUCAAAGUACGAGCAGCUCAAGGAAUGGAUGCAGCCGAUUAUUUUGUUACAGGGUUCUGGGUGUGGGCCAAAGUGAUUGAAAAUUUAGCCGCCAUUGGGUAUGACAGCAACGACAUGCAUCUUGCCAGUUACGACUGGCGAUUAUCAUUUUAUAAUCUCGAAGUACGCGACAAAUUUUUCACCAAGUUAAAAUCGCUUAUUGAAACGUCCAAGUUGCAAGAUGGACGAAAGUCAGUCAUUGUGGCUCAUUCCAUGGGAUCGGUGUUAUUUCCCUAUUUCCUCAAAUGGGCUGAAAGCCCCGAAGGUGGAAAGGGGGGACCCCAUUGGACAGAAAACCACAUUGAAGCCUUUGUUAACAUUGCUGGGCCCAUGGUUGGGGUACCGAAAGCACUCACUGCAUUAUUAUCAGGGGAAUCGCGUGACACCAUGGCCAUAGGAAGCUUUGGCGCUUACUUGCUGGAAAAAUUCUUUUCGCGGCGAGAACGUGCGAUGCUAAUGAGAACGUGGGCAGGCAGUUCAUCGAUUCUACCCAAAGGUGGUGACCUUAUUUGGGGGACCACGGAGGAUGCGCCGGAUGACGAAAAUCAUGCCAACCAGUAUUCGUUUGGCAACAUGCUGUCAUUUACCAAACCUGCCAACACCCCCAAAUCCGACGAUGAAAAUCGCACGGUGCGAGCGGUGGAAAAUAUUAAGGAUGCCAUUACUCGUCAAUACACUGUAGAUUCCUCCAUCGAUCUACUUUUACGCAGUUCGCCCAAAGAAUACAACGACCUUAUCCGAAGCAACUACUCACUAGGAGCGAUUACGUCGAAAAAGGAACUGGAUCGAGUGAAAAAUGAUCGAAGCAAAUGGUCCAACCCGUUGGAGUCCGCGCUACCUAUAGCGCCAAACAUGAAAAUAUUUUGCUUAUACGGAGUUGGCCUGAAUACUGAACGAAGCUAUUACUAUGCUAAAACGGAUGAUCCGGAAGUGACGUGUUAUCCUGGCAAUGAUACCGACUGUAUCGAUAAGGAUGCUGGAAGGCGAAACGAAACAGGGAUAAAUCCAUCGGACGAAGCCACAGAAAAUGUAGCCGACGUGCUUUCCGACAAACUAUCCCUUGACGACGAUAAAGUGCCACCUUCCAAUUUGUACAUAGACGGUGCGGUUCAUGACCCCAUUCGAGGAGUUGAAACAGGGGUGCGUUUCUCCGAUGGAGAUGGCACGGUUCCUGUAUUAUCAUUAGGCUACAUGUGUACACCCUCCGGAGGAUGGAGAAAGCACGCUGAUCUAUAUAACCCAGGACGCAGUCCCGUCUUACUCAAAGAGUAUCGACAUGAGCAAAGCGACAGCAAGCUGGACGUUCGUGGCGGAAGCAAAGCAGGGGACCAUGUUGAUAUUCUGGGAAAUUGGGAAAUGACGCUGGAUAUCUUGAAAAUUGUGUCAAAUCAAGGUGACAAUGUAACCGAACGAAUUUUGUCAAACAUUGAAGAAUACGCCAAACGGGUUCCUCUUCAACCCACCAAUUAGACAACCCACUCAUUUAUACUAAUUGUACAUACGGAUAACCUUGUGCUGCUCAUUAGCGACUACUGUAAACAUUAAGCCUAAAAAAAAGCCAUGGCGUGAAUCAUAUAAAUCCUACAUGGAGACUGUCGUUCUUUGUCUGAUUUUCUUCCUUUCGGGAAAAAGAGAAGCUUAAUCUGCAGCAUUCUGUUGAUAAAAGCCAGUGUCCUGUGACUGUAGUAUGCAAGGGUAUACAGUAUGUGAUGCAUGCCGAUACAGAGACUAUGAAUACCAUAAAAUGACCUUGAUUUGUCUCUGAGAUCAGUAUGACUUUUUUUUAACAAGUUUGCGGUGAUAUGCCAAUGUUCAAAUGUUGAUCAACCGAGUUUCAACUUUUAUUCUUC